AUGACGAGCCGAGGAAUCAUUGUCAUUUGCUGUUGUUUGGUGGUGUCGGGACUGGCGAACCCCAUGAUGGCGAGGCAGGACGAGAGUGAGGUCGACAGAUUCGAGGCUAGAUUGGCCUCCAUCAUGGACAGCCUGAACCAGAAGGACACUAUCGGGCUCUACGGGGAUAUGGUCACUCUCGAGAGGGUUGCCGUGGAAGAGCAGAGAAGCGCUACCGAAGAGGCAGAGGACGAUCCCCUGAUGAGGCGGAUCGACGACUUUUUGAGGAGCCACAAACUGCAGAUCAGCUUCCCGAGUGAUGGAUCGUCGGCUGAUCUGUUCGGCAGAGCUCUCGGAGAGAAGAACGUCGGAUUCGAGCUUAGAGGACUUAUUCAAGGUGCUUCCGAAGGCCGAACCAAGCUGAAGAAGAUCCUGCUGCCAGUCCUCCUGGCCCUGAAACUCAAGGCCAUAAUCGUCCUGCCGAUUGUCAUCACAUUGAUCGGUCUUAUUGGUAUCAAGGGUCUGGGCGCCGGUGUCCUUGCCUUGCUUCUCUCAGGAGCUGUAGCCCUCAAGGCUCUCCUGACUUCACCGGCUCCAGCAUACCCAGCACGUGUGAGCUUCGCCAAGCCCUACGAGAUCCACCACGACCACUGGCACCGUAGCCAAGAGGAAGUCGGUCUUCAGGCCGCAGGACCCUACAGAGCCUGGAGCCCGGAAUUUAGCGUCGAUCCUCAGUUCAGCCCUUACCCUGAAAUCCCGGUGUAAAUUGAAUCACCCAAGGACUGAUGAAGAU